AUGUAUGAAGUCUACUAUUUGUCCUACUUUAGAAAUAAAUUCUCUAAUUAAAUUGGAGGAGAAAUAGAGCGCAGGAGAUAAUUAGAGGUCACAAAUUUGAGAUCCAAUCUCAAUGAUUCUCUCGCAGAAGUAAGAAGCAGAAUGAGUUGGGGUAGAAGAUUCAGACCGAAUUAAAUAAGAGGGAAUCAAAAUGAGCAGCUCAACUUGCAGUUAAAUCCUGAGAGUUCAGAAGUCAGAUAGUCAGAUGCAAGUGCUAAUAGAAACCCUUUCACAAGAAGGAUAACUGAAAAUAUAAACGAGCAAAUGCGAACUCUUGAUAUAACUCAGAGAAUCCAAGAGUCCAUCAAUAGUAUACUUGAUUCAGAAGAUUAUAAUUAACUAGAUCUUACAUCGAAUGUUGCAGAUUUCCGGUCUCGAACAGAUGACAUUGAUGAUAGAUCAUUUCUAAGACUUAUGAGACUGGACCGAAAUGCUCAAUUGAAAUAUGAUGAAGUGAUAAUCGAUGAAUGGUAACCUGAAAUAGUCCUUCUGGAAUUCGACAUCAACAUUAAACUAGUGUUCUUGAGUGAUUUGAUAAAAUAAUAUGGACCCUUGGGUCUAAUAAUAGUAUCCAGGUUAAGAUAGAUGAAUGUGCUAGAUGGAUCGCUUUCAUAUUAGACUGAGACAUUUCCAUUCAUUAAGAAUCUGACUUACUAUAUUUAUGUUGAGAUUAGCAAACAGCUAGAUUCUUAGAUUUUAGCAGAUGGGCAUUUAUCAGCCAAGUCUGCAUUCCUAUAUAAAUUAGUCAUUGAUGUCAAAGCAAUUGAUUUCAUAAAGCAAAAGCCACCUAAGCUCAAAUGGUUUCCUUACAGAUAUAUUUGA